ACUCCAAAGGGUGCAAGAGUGAAACAUGAAAGCCAAAGCACAAACGUACUGUAGUUAGAUGGAUUGAAGAGAACCCCACCUAAAUACAUACCAUCCCUUCUGAACCACUCCUAAAGUCUACUCCCAUCUUACCCAUUAAGGGUGGCACUUCCAUUACUUUCCUUCCCUUCCAUUCUACACUCUCAUCUCUUUAAGAUCUUCGAAUCUCCUUCUCCUCCUACUCUUCUUCCUUCCUUCUGUGUUUCUCUAAGAAAUUAACUGAAACAAGAACAAGUAGUAUUGCAGAUUUUUGAGUUGGUCUGAGAGAGAUGGGAAGAGGUAAGAUUGAGAUCAAGAGGAUUGAGAACCCAACAAACAGGCAAGUGACAUACUCAAAGAGGAAGGCUGGAAUAAUAAAGAAGGCAACGGAGCUCAGUGUUCUUUGUGAAGCUAAAGUUUCUCUUAUUAUCCUCUCCAGCUCUGGAAAGAUGUCUGAGUACUGUAGCCCUUCUACCUCGCUGCCAGAAAUCUUGGACAAAUACCAAACGUCUACAGGAAAGAGGUUGUGGGAUGCUAAGCAUGAAUUUCUGAGUAAGGAGGUGGAGAGAAUCAAGAAAGAGAAUGACAUGAUGCAGAUCGACCUCUGGCAUUUGAAAGGAGAUGAUGUAGACACACUAAAUCACAGAGAGCUCCAGACCAUAGAGGAAGCCCUUGAAAAUGGUCUCACUAAAGUUCGUGCCAAAGAGAUGGAGUUCCUCAAAAUGCUUAAAAAGAAUGAAAGAAUGCUAGAGGAGGAGAAUAAACGCCUGGUUUACAUCUUGCAACAAAUGGCUACAGACGGUAAUCUCAGGGAGGCUGGAAAUGGGUAUGGCCAGAAAGGAAGAGAGUGUCAUUCUUCUAUGCCUUUUGCCUUUCACUUGCAGCCAGUUCAACCCAAUUUGCAGGAUAACAAAUAGAUUAACUACUGCCUAUGGCUACAAACUUCUCUAGCUAACUGUAGGAGAAUUAUAUACAUGUUUUGAUACAUGUCUAGGGUUUAUGAGGAAGAAUAUGUUGAUUAACUUAAGCAGAUAGAACUCAAAUUUUGUGGCAAUGCAUUCUUAUUUGAAACUAGCUAGUAUAUGCUAAUGAUGCUAAAUCCUAUUUGAAGAGGGUAUGUGUGUGCAUAUUUUGAUACA